AAACUUUUCCUGCCUUGUUUUCAGGAUUUAUUUGGUGUGAGCAUGGUUGUUCCUUUAAUGAACCUUCAUAUCAAAUCUCUGGGAGCAAGUCAUACAGUUGCUGGAAUAAUAGGAUCUCUUUAUGGUAUAAUGCAACUGUUUUCCAGCACAUUUGUGGGCUGCUGGAGUGAUAUAGUAGGAAGACAGUAUUCCCUGCUUGCAUGUAUUCUUCUCAGUGCACUGGGUUACUUCCUUCUUGGAACAUCCCCCACUGUUCUCCUGUUUGCCCUUUCUAGAGUCCCUGUAGGUAUUUUCAAACACACACUCUCCAUUUCUAAAGCCCUGCUUUCUGACUUGGUUUCUGAGAGAGACCGCCCGUUAGUAAUGGGCCGCUUCAACGCAGCCUCUAGCGUGGGCUUCAUUUUGGGGCCUGUAGUCGGCGGCUACCUUGCAGAGUCAGAAGAUGGCUUUUAUCAAGCAUCCUUCAUCUGUGCCUCUAUCUUCCUUCUGAAUGCUGGUCUUGUCUGGAUGUUACCCUGGAGUGAAGAAACCACUGGCAAUAGGGAACAUCAGCAAGGCAACAAAGGAACAGACAGCUUCUCAGCAAAAGCAGCUUGUGACCUGCACUUGAAAUCAGUAACUAAUGGAGCUAUGGCAAGUGAUAGUCUUUUCCAAUCUCCAUGGAUCCAAGUUGCAACAGUGCUGAAGAGGAUUAAAGGCAUUGCGUGCUCUGAUCUGUGGGAUGUAUUUUUAGUGCGGUUGUUGAUGUCUGUUGCUAUACUGCUGUACUAUAGUAAUUUUAGUCUGGCCUUGGAGGAGAGAUUUGGGGUGAAAGCCUUGUUCUCUGGAUACCUAUUGAGCUACAGCAGUGCACUUGGAGUCCUGGCUGGUUGUCUGCUCGGACCAAUAACAAGACUCUAUCAGCACAAUACUUACAGACUUCUGUUGCACUCCAGCACUUUCACCUGCACGUUGAUUUUCCUGUAUGCAUCAGCGCUGAGCAUAUGGAUGGUCAUUUUGUCUUCUACAUUCUUAGCCUUUUCAACUACUAUAGGUCGUACUUGUAUCAUUGAUCUUGAAUUGACCAUUGGUGGGAAUGAGGCCAGUGGAACGCUCCUAGGUGUUGGACAGUCUGUGACAUCAGUGGGACGUAUAGUUGCCCCUCUCCUUUCUGGAAUUGCUCAGGAGUUCAGUCCUUGUGGCCCGCCAAGUCUAGGGGUUGGACUAGCUUUAGUAGCGAUUCUGAUAAUGAAUGCAAACAAACAAAAAUACUGUAGCCAUGGAAAUGUUAAGUUAAAAAAUCAAUAGCUGCAGAUUUGGAUUGCAUAGAUGUAUCUUACAGGAGAGGCAAAGUGAAUCACCCUGGGGUGAUGCUUAUACCUGCCAGGCUUGUUCAGUAGUAGCAGGAUCUUUUAAGAGGGCACGCUAUGUUCAUAUAGAGGCAAGUACGUAUCAGUAUUUCUGCUGCAGGGAUGUUAACUCCUAGACAAAUGUUACUCUAACUGGUACCACUACAACAUUUGUGAGAGGGACUGGUGUUGCUGUAUUCUACUGGCUGGGAUUUUUUAAUGGAUUUUUAACUUUUUUUUGCGGGGAAAAAAAGAAUGACAUGAAAUACACAAAUCCUGCUUGCUUACAUUUGAAAUGGUGUUUAGAUUGAUAGAUUGUUUAAAAGACAGAAGUUGAUUCUUAUUUAACCAGAGGUGAAUUUUCAUUAUUUAAUCAAAGGGAGGAUUCGCAGUUUAGCUCAUUAGCCUUAAUUUCUUAUGCUGUGGUCUGCUGCCAUUUGUCUGCUCUGACAGUAGCUUAAUUAACAGAGUGUUUGCUUAUGUGAUUUUGUUAAGCAUACUUUGUCUACAAAACUUGCUGCACAGCAUGAUUAGGCACAUUGGGGUAGCCAUCUGACCCCUGCUGAUUCCUGGUCUUUCCCAGGUAACAGAAUUGGCUAUAUUCUAACUCCGUAUAUUAGAAGACCUAAAAUGGACAAUUUUAGAAUACAGGGUCAUUCAGAGUGAAACUGGGACUGGAUGUAAGCUUUAUUGAAACUUGAACUUGGUGGUUCCUGUUUAGUGAUAACUUCUACUGAGCAACUUUGUCAUAAAUUACUUGUUAAUAUUUCCUGUGCAAUUUUUCUACCUUAAUUUUAAGAAUAAAUUUGUUUCUUAAUUCUUUUGAAUGACUGUUAAAGGUGUGCUGGAGCAAGUAGCAGUAGCUCAUGGAUCUGGAGUAGUGUAUUCUUUCUCAUCUCUGGAGGCAUAAGUGACAUUUCAGCGACAAGAGAAAAACUAUUCGUUGGUAUCUUAGUCUUCAUUUAACUGCGCUGCUCUGAGGUUACUCUCAGAGCUAUACUGAGAGUUGUAGCACUCCUCUGUGUUGUUUAUUGUUCAAACUCAUAUACUUGGCAGUCACCACUGCAUUUCAUUUGAAAUGUGUGAAGAAUGUAUUUUGCACUGUUCCGUAUACUUUUCCUUGUAGUACUUGAUGAAAGUACAGUCAACAAUAUAUAAUUGUUGAGGUUUGGGGUUUUUUGAUUAAAAACAAUUUAGAUAUCCCCUUGAACACAUCUGUGCAAAUAUUGUUGCUGCUUCAGGACUCAUAGAUGGUAUUUUGCAUUUUGUAUUUUCUUCUUUAUAUUUUCCAAUGCCUGUUAUCAUUUUAAUCCUUGCUGAAACCUCAGUAAUUCCAGUGGCAGCACCAUGGGCAUAUGUAUAGAACUCUGAGUUGUUUUAAUUUUAUAUAUUGACAUAAUGACUGUGUGUCUUAUUACUGCUAUGAUUUCAAUACAUAUCCUCAGAGUUCCUUAUUGUAAUAAUCUGUGUUUCAUUUCUCCCUAGAAACUUGAGGCAUUUUUCAGGUGUCUUACCUACUCUUGCCUUGCUUGGUAGAUGCCCCAAAAUAUUGUUGCCCUAAAUUUCCUAUUUUCUUUCUUUCCAUCUUGUAAAUUUUUAUUUUUUACUUAAAACCACCCUUCUGUAAAUCAAGGACUUCUGUUUUGCAUCUAUAGCAAGGGGUAGGAAAAAAACCCUGAAAAAUUAAUACAUAUUAGUAAUUUUUCAUAUACUUCUUUGUUAUAUGAGCUAACAUAACAUUUACCCUUCGAAGUUGCUGCACUGAUUUAAAGUUGAAUUCUGUAAAUACCAUAAAAUUCAGUUUAUACUAACAUACACAGCUGUCUGAAUAUUGCUUAUAAAAACUUCACUAGUUUUGUUUAUACAUAAGCGAAAAAUGCACUUUCCACAGUUGGAAAAUAUUUUUAUUUUGAAAAAUAAUUAUCCAUAUAAGCUAAAUAAAAAUUAAAUAAUCGAAUUAAGAAUUCUGUAGAAGGCUGUGGUCUCAGGGACAUGUUGCAAAUUGAUGUUACAGAAAAAAUAUUCUUUACCUGUAAGCCAAAAUGAUUUCUGAAGUGCUGCAGAAACCUUUAUUCUUUGUAAAGCCUCAGUUACAGAAAAGUUCCACUAUUUUAUUUUUAAGCAAUAGAAAUAAAAUGAAGUGACAUUCCAUGUCUGUGAUUUUGUCGCUGUGUAUUUUCCCCUGCUAAAACUUCAGCACCAAAUAGAGGUGUUCACAUCAAUAUGAAGUGCAGUUUAUUUUUUUUUCUUCAAGCUGUUCCUUAAAAUGAUCAUUUGAAUCUGCCUGCUUUUCACAUAAAAGGCACAGGAGCCAAUUCAACCAAGACGCAGGUUGACAGUGAAUGAAAAAGAAUAAAUGACAAUAGAGAAUUUAGCAGUUUGGAGAUGGAAUGCUAAAAGCUACUGGUUUAGUUCCUGGAGAGGAUGUUUGAAUCCCUUGUUAUCUUAGUUGCCAUAACCGUGCAAAUUCAGAGGGUGAUGAGUAAAUGACAUCCCUGGAGAUGAGAUGUGACUCCCCUUUUUAAGUUGAGGGAGGAGUAGUAGCAGCUAUCUUUGGCUUCAGUCUAUGGGGCUUUACUGAAUUACUCAGCAGAUUCUUUAAUCCAAUUGUGGUAUCUGAAGACUGUAACAAAACAAAGAUCUAAAUAUGAGCUAAAGAAAAAAGUUUCUACCUGCAAAUUACGGAAAAUUUAGAGUUUUCCUCUUGCUGGCUGUUACUUUAGUUUAGGGUUGUUUUUCUUGGGCUUGUAGGCAGGGUUGGGGGUGGUUUUGCCUUUUGAAACUUCCACUUUUUUAACAGUGGCUACUUUUCUGCCCAUUAUGACCAGAUGAUGUUGAGAAGGCUGUGUAUACAAUAUAGUAAUUUAUUUCUGUAAAACAGCUGGUAGCAUAUGAUAUGUACUGAUUUUGUUGGUUUUAAAUGAUGAAGCAAAUCAGGUUUAUUCCAUGUUGUGUAUGUUGCAUACAUUUGAAGAGGUCCUUUAUAAACAUACCUGUUCCGUGGAUUUCAGUUUCUUGUCCCGCUUUUUCUCUGAAUUUACUCACUGCAGCACUGUCACAGAGGUCAGUACCAUUUUCUGAGAAUGGGUUGAUUAUUGAGCAGAUAAUGCAGCAAGAAGACAGGACAAGUGUUGCUUAGUAACUGGCUUGUUCACUACUUCAAGCACUGUAAUGCCAUCGCAUUCUAGCUGAUGAGAACCUCUGUGCGUAUGUUCAGGUUCUGCCAGCCUCUAUUUGGUUAUGGGUGCUAUGGAAUACCCCUGGUUAAGCAAGGCUUUUUAGCUCAGCACUCUGGGAUUUGAAAACCCAAGACUGAAGUGUGCUGUAUAAUUUUAAAGACUCAUUCACAAAGAGCUGAUCAUGAAUUUUGUAAGGGAGUUUAUUGGAGCCUGAACUUUGAGAAUCAAAUGACUGUGAGUGGAGCUCAGACUUCUUUCUCAUAAAAAUGAAAGUUUGUAGAGCUUGUUUUAAAGGGAAGUCUUUAAAAACUUCUGUGUUAACUUACAAGGAGAAAUGAAACCAAAUUUCUAGUUAUUUUAAAUCCUUAAUUAGCGUCACAGAACUACUUUUGUGAUGUGCGACACAGUAGGAGCUGCUCUUCCAUUCUGUCAAAUUUGUAAUAAACAGGAGAUUACUUAGAUAUGAAAAAAAUAAAGUCAGCUGGGGUAUUUAAAAUGGCUUUUCCUUUUUUUGGCAAAAAAAAUGGCUUUUUGAAACAAACCCUGUGGCAAUUAGGUUGCUGUUGUAACUCACAAAUUUAAACCUGCGCACAUUUUAGAUUAUGAACUGGUGAGACUCAUCAGAGCAGCCAAUGUGACCACUGCCUUCCCUUCCACAAUCUUAGUUCCUCGUAUUCUGUCAAACCUCACAGGACAAAAAGGCUUCCAAAGCUCAUCAGUGCUGUGUAGGAACCACAUCAGUAUUUGCAGACUUGGGAGAGGAAUGGUGCUGUCUCCCAUCACAUUGUCCUUACAAGAUCUGUCUACCACCUGCAAGUAGAAAUCUUCUGAUGGUAAGAUUCUCAAGUGGCUCAGCACGGUAUCCAAGAGGGAUCCAGCCACCCCUAGCCCCUCUAAUCUCUGAGGACUUGCUAGAACACAAGGGAAUUCAACUCUUACCAAAUUAAUUCCUCACCUUAAAUGCAACACUCCCAAAUGCUAAGGUUUUUGUUCAGAGAAUUAAGCUGCUGUGCAUUUUUUUAAGUAGAUCCCUAUUUAGCUGGCUGUCUAAUAAAUAGGCCAAGAGGGAGAUGAAACUUUGAGUUGAAAGUUGUGACAGCUGCCACAGCUGUUCCCACAACUGACAGUGUCAAACACAGCUGCAGGUUUAUCUAGAAAGGGCAAGUUAUAUCAUGAUCUGCUAAAAUAUGGGCUAACAAAAAAAGGACUGUUAGUCCUCCUGUCUCUCCCAGAUUUAAAUAGCACCUGAAUCAGUUAGUCCAUGACUUCUUCCUCUACUGCAUCCUAAAGCUGUUCUUCCUCAUGCUUGAACUUGAUACCCCUUCUCUCAUGUUUUCUGGCCUGAGCCUCCAAUUUAUUGUUGGCCUGGCUGGGGCUGUGUAUUACAGAUGCCAUGUUUUAAGCAUAUUUACAAGGAUAUUUUUAUAGGAUCAGAGCUCUUGUAGUACAAGAAGCAUUCCUCCAGCCAAUUUCAAAAUCCUUCAUUUUUUCUUCAGGAGCUGGGGGAUGUUGUCAGAACUUAAAACAGUUUUGGAAAUGGUGACCAGCUGAAGCAUUUCUUGCAGUGUCGGCCUUAAAAUGUUGCUGGUGUCUGGAAUUGGUGGGCUUGGCAUCUCUUGAAAAACGUGGUGCAGGGUGCAGUGUGUUUGCUCCCAGACACCUCAAGAUACUCUUCCUAACAGCAUGCAUGUUAUUUUGGCCGAAUUUUUAACUUUGUUUCUCUGUGAUUUCUAUGUGGCUUCAGCAGAGAAGGAUAUUCUCAAGUUUCUAAAUUGUUUUGCAGCAUGGUUUUCUUUUAUUGAACACCUGUAGUUUCAGUGGAGCUUGCAUUAUACUUUAGUAUCAAGUAGGACAGCCCUUACAUUUUGCCCCUUGCAGCAAAUUAUUCUUGUUUUCUCUAUCAAAUACCUGCUUAAAACAUACCUGGAUGUAUACCUACUCUCCAGCCCUUGCUAUACCUACUUUCUUAUCCCAUCUACUUCUAAUUUAUAGGUCUCUCAGCAGCUGAAGGGGAAAAUUCUCAAAAAGCCAUAAUUCAGAGUGUAACAUAGAUAUUUCCCUACUGUCCCUCAAACUGGACAACUGGGCAUUGUGCUUCCUCACCAAGGCAGUAAAAUAUCAGCACUACGGAGUGUACUGAGGAGUCCAUGCGGAAACAAAAAAUUUAUGUGUGAAUUUGUCAAGUAUUCCAGUCACUGCUGAAGAUAUGGUUUCCUGAAAAAGUGAAAAACAUGUUCCGUCAAUACAUGACUUUGCCCAUCAGAUGGCGCUCGAGGACAGAGUUACUGGGCACUUCAUUCUCCAGCAAACUUUGACACAACAUGAAAGAAGUCUCAGCAAGCUAAGUUAGAAGGGCAUUUUAGAAAGAUCAAAGAUGCGAUUGAAAGUGUUUUCCCUUUGCAGGAAAAUGUAAAAAAAGAAGAUAGGAAAAGGCAGACCUCUGACCUCAACCAGAGCAAGAGUUGUAUGUGAAGGGCUACCUCGGACAUAGCCUGUGUCACCUAUUGCUGUCACUGCUACUGAAAAGGAGAACACCCAGGAAAGCAGUUUCCAGAGACAAUGAGGGUCUUACCCAGCAGUAGGGGAAAGGAGCCUGAAAGGGGUGGGAGAAGCAGGACUGAGGAAGGGAGAGAGCGUUUGCAAGAAGACAAGAGUCCCAGGAGAUUUGUGAAUUCUGCUUCCUAGUGUUUAACCAUGAUGGAGAUUUGGCUUGAUGCUUGUAUUCUGUGGAUCUCAAAGUGCUUUGGAAAGGUAACAAUGUACUAGCAUCUUCUGAAGCACCAAGAGCUUAAGACCAUAUUUCAUAAAAACAACCUUCAAUUCAAUGUGCUUGUACUACGGGGCACCCACUUUAAGUACCAGUGAUCAGAGCAUGCACUGUACUAAUGCACAACCAGAAAGGCAGUAAGGUUUCUGAAAGCUGCAUUCAUUAUUUAAAAUUGUGCCACAAAAAAUUACAAUCAUUUGAAAAUAAAGGCAGCUCUCCCCAGAUACAAGCCCAUUACUUGGUCAUUACCGGCACAUGAAUGAGAAAGCUCCACAGGGAGUAAACGAUGUGCAACAUUUCACAUUUAUUUGGUCAGAUAAAAACCACCUAAUCUAAGCAGGCUGAUCUGCAAGAGAACAUGGUUUCAAAACUAAAAUCCAAACUGGGGAUUCCUUCUUAUUCAAACAUGAUCCAAAUAAUGCAGUGACAAGAGUACUCACUGACAAUUUUACUGUUGAAACCUAUUUUCCUGUUGAAAGACAAAUUCAUAUUUGUUUUUAAAGCUUGCUGGCUCUGUUUGAAUCCAGUUUUAUUUCCAAACAGGAGAUGAUCAUUAAAGGAUAGCUAAGUCCUAAGGAUUCCAUAAAAAUCAUUUGAUGAGAAUAGCCAUGACCAUUUGACUGAGAUUUCUAGGGUUCACGUAGCCAUCCCUCUGCAGCUUAGACUUUGCAUUUGACACACAGCAGAAAUCUCCAUAGCUGAAACAGAAGAAAAAAAACUAAAAGACCUGUGCCAAGAAAAGAGUUUAGGAAGGUUUAACAUUUCAAAUACAUACAUGAAAUAAAUAUUUUGGAAAAGGUGUAGAAGAAGGAAAGUCCCCAUUUAUAAAACUAAUUUGUCAACCUUGUUCGCGAACCUCUGAAAGAAAUCUACCCUGUGAUUUUAAAAGGAAAUUCUGAUUUUUAAUAGUUCUUUCAAAACAAGUUUAAAUUAAAAAAAA